UCCAGCUAGGCUAAACUAUACCAUAUUGGGCAUUGCAAAGUUCAUGGAGGCUUCUUUUGCCAACAUCUAUUGGAAGUCUUUAAAACCCCAAGUCUGUGUUGCAGAAGAGGCAGGGAAACAAGGGUCAAUGAACCAAGCAAUGAGGCCGCCAACCACAGCCCUUUGCCUCCUCUCCUUCCUUUUCUCCUCUCUAGUACUCCAUACUCCCACCUUUGCCAUCAAAAAGUCAUAUGUGGUGUACUUGGGAUCACAUUCACAUCCCCCAAACUUAUUGGAACUUGAACUAAACCAAGUCACAGACAAUCACUAUGAGUUUCUUGGCUCCUUCUUGGGCAGCCAUGAAGCUGCAAAAGAAUCCCUCUUUUACUCCUACACAAGGCACAUCAAUGGCUUUGCUGCCACCCUAGAAGAAGAAGAGGCGGCUCAGAUUGCAAAGCAUCCAAAGGUAGUCUCAUUAUUCUUGAACCAGGGAAGAAAAUUACACACAACUCGAUCGUGGGAUUUCUUGGGACUUGAGCAAGAGGGUGUUGUUCCACCCAAUUCAAUCUGGAAGAAGGCAAGAUAUGGUGAAGAUUCGAUCAUAGGAAACCUUGAUACCGGCGCAUGGCCAAAAUCCAAGAGCUUUAGUGAUGAAGGGUAUGGACCGAUUCCAUCCAAGUGGAAAGGAAUCUGUCAAAAUCAGACAGAUCCAAAAUUUCACUGCAACAGGAAGCUAAUUGGAGCAAGAUACUUCAACAAGGGCUUUGCUGCAGUUGCUGGCCCCCUCAACUCCUCCUUCAAUUCGCCGCGCGACAACGAUGGCCAUGGCUCCCAUACCUUGUCAACAGCUGGUGGAAAUUUCGUAACCGGUGCAAGCGUGUUCGGCUUUGGUAAUGGAACAGCAAAGGGUGGAUCACCAAAAUCCAGGGUUGCAGCCUAUAAGGUCUGCUGGCCUCCAAUGGGAGGAGGUGGAUGCUUUGAUGCAGACAUAUUGGCUGCAUUUGAUGUGGCCAUCGAUGACGGCGUUGAUGUGUUGUCCGUUUCAUUGGGUGGAAAUCCCACCACAUUCUUCAAUGACAGUGUUUCAAUUGGUGCUUUCCAUGCUGUUAAGCGUGGCAUUGUGGUGGUUUGCUCGGCGGGGAAUUCUGGUCCGGCUGAAGGUACUGUCUCCAAUAUAUCGCCAUGGCAGAUCACGGUCGGCGCCAGUACAAUGGAUAGGGAGUUUCCUAGUUAUGUCACCCUUGGAAACUGGAAGCACUUCAAGGGACAAAGCUUAUCGGCUGUUGCUUUGCGGAGUAAGAAAAAGAAAUUCUACCAACUUAUUAGUGCUGCAGAUGCUAAAGCAGCUAAUGCAUCAGCUCAAGAAGCUUUGCUAUGCAAGCCCAACACGCUUGAUCCUAAAAAAGUGAAGGGAAAGAUAUUGGCCUGUCUUCGAGGGGACAAUGCAAGGGUGGACAAAGGUGAGCAAGCCUUCUUGGCUGGCGCCGUGGGAAUGAUUCUUGCUAACAAUGAGCUUACCGGGAAUGAAAUUAUUGCUGAUCCACAUGUUCUCCCUGCUUCACAUAUCAAUUUCACCGACGGGAACCUUGUCUUUGCUUAUAUUUAUUCAACUAAGUCUCCACGGGCUUACAUAAAGCGCGCAAUAACGGAACUGGGAACGAAGCCAUCUCCAUUCAUGGCAGCAUUUUCAUCGAAGGGACCCAACGCCAUUACACCAGGCAUCCUUAAGCCUGAUAUCACUGCACCUGGAGUGAGUGUCAUAGCAGCCUACACAGAAGCACAAGGGCCAACAAAUCAAAUGUUUGACAAACGGCGAAUUCCAUUCAACUCAGUGUCAGGCACAUCAAUGUCAUGUCCACAUAUUUCCGGUAUUUGUGGCCUUCUUAAAACCCUCUAUCCUCAUUGGAGUCCUGCAGCCAUUAAGUCUGCAAUCAUGACCACUGCGGUGACACAAGAUAACAGUAUGGAACCAUUGCUCAAUGCUUCUUUCUAUGAAGCAACACCAUUUAGUUACGGCGCAGGACAUGUUAACCCAAACAGUGCUAUGGAUCCUGGAUUGGUUUAUGACUUAUCCCUUAACGAUUACUUGAACUUCCUGUGCGCAAUUGGCUACAAUGAAACACAAAUUGAAAUGUUUUCAGAGGAGAUGUAUAAGUGCUCCAAACCAGCUAUAAGUCUCACUAACCUCAACUACCCCUCAAUCACUGUCCCUAAAAUCUCUGGUUCCCUUGAGGUGACUAGAACAGUGAAAAAUGUUGGCUCUCCAGGAACAUAUAAGGCGCGUAUCCAAAAUCCAGAUGGUAUAUCAGUUUCUGUUGAGCCGAAGGAGUUGAAGUUCAAGAAAAUUGGUGAAGAGAAAAGCUUUAAGGUACUCCUGCAGGUUAGAGAAGCAAAACAAGAUAAAAACUACGUGUUUGGGAAGUUGAUAUGGUCAGAUGGUAAACACUAUGUGAGGAGUCCAAUUGUUGUCAAGGCUGCCUAAAGCUAGAAUAGUAGGCAUAUUGCUUCAGCUUAUUUUACUUCACCUCACUUAGUUUCACGUUUCUUGUGUACUAAGCUAAUGAGUUACAAUAAUUAUUGGCAAUGAAAAUAUUACUAUUAUUAUGGGGA